AUGAGCAAGUCGUUUCCUCUCCUGAAGCUCCCACGUCUUGCUCUAGACGAAAUUCUUAUCAUGAUGAGGCCGUUUGAGUUAAUUCAAUUCUCGAUGACUUCUUCCAAAUCAAGAAUUAUUUUGAAAUAUUUGCUGAGAGCGAGAGUAAAUUUGAAGUAUACACUUCUAGUGAACACUUUCAAUGAACCGAAAAUCACAUUGUUUGGAUCGGACACGUAUUUCGAUUGUCAAUUGUCUUCAGAUAAGUUGAGAACUGGGAUAACAGAAUAUUUCGAGGGUCAAAAUGGUUUAAAAUGCAAUAGGAUUUGGGCAUAUUCUGAGAAUGUGAUAAUGGACUGGAUGAGACUGUUCAAGACAGUCAUGGAACUGUUUAAUUUUCAACGUCAUGUCGUUAUUCUUUGCCUGGACACAUUCCCUGAUCAAAAAAAGACGAUUAUUGACUUUAUGAGAUCUCAACUGCCAUCUGUGAAUUAUUGUGGGUUUCAUGGUAAAAUUGUAGCCGAUCAAGAUGUGGAAUACGCUUUGAAGAAUAUCAAUGUCACUAAGUAUUUAGAUUUUAAAUGCAAACUGAGUAAUAACUUCAAACUAAAAAUAUCAAAUACUCUUGAGAAGAUUACUGUUACCGAUGGGAAUUGGUUGAAUUACAAUCAAUUGAUUCAAUUAAAAGCUUAUGAACUAGAAAUAAAAGGAUCUAAAAUCACGAAUGUGGAACUGAAUGCAUUUCUGAUUAGCUGGAUGUUGUCGGAAUGCCAUCAAAACCUUGUUCGUCUCGAAAUUCAAGUCAAUGACCCAGAAACACGUGGUGUAAUUCUCGAUCUUCCUCACGAAAUUAUGGAUAACGAUGUGAUCAGGAAGGGGAGAACUGUAAAAAAUAAAAUGUUCCGUUUGCGAGGUGGAUUUGAUAUCAAGAGAAAUGAUGGAGCAACUGGAACAAUUUAUUUCAAAAUGGACGGUGACCAGUUGAUGUUCAACAUGAUUGUCUUUGUAUCAUUUGUCUGA